AUGGAUUCAACUUCACCGACGCAAAACGAUGACGAGUAUUUCUUCGGUGAGAAUUAUCGAAGUUGCGGUGGAUGGCUGCAUGUUGUUUGCGCCGCUCGACUGGUGAUUGCGUUGGAUGUGAUAAUAUGCCUUGUGUUCUUGCUAGUGCUACCGUUGAAGUUCGGUUAUUUGGAUGCACUUUGCAUAGUCCAACUUUGUGUGACAACUAUUGUCAUUGUGUGUGCACUGAUUGACUGCUUUAGAGAAGGACACAGUAAUCUGCUAUGGCCGUUUAUCUCAUACAAAUGUAUUGAAGUGAUCGCUGCGUCGAUAAUGCUGAUCGUGAUUGGUGUUUUGGUUGUUUGCGGCAAUACAAGUCGCUCGGCUCUGAUUAAAUUACUAAGAUAUCGGUUCAGAAACGUUUCAAAAAUCAACAAAAAUAAACGCCCUGAAGGUAACUGGAUUUCAGAAUCCAAUGAACUCAUGUAUAUAUCAUUAUCUGUGAUUGCGCUCUGCGCUCAGUUGGCAUUCAGCUGUAUUGCCGCACACACGUUCAUAUCAGUGCAUCGAUACUUCAACGAUAAGGCUAUUCGAAAGUAUAUCGACGAACGAAAGGAUCUCAUUAAAUAUUUCCUCUGA